AGUCAGCCAGAUGGUGCGCUGAGGGUUAAUGGGAACCUCUCUCUGGCUCUGGUGGGAGUAGCGCCUCUCAUCGGGGGCGGAUCUCAGCGCGCAGGUCUCCGGAGUACGCCCCCCACCCCAAUCUCCCUUAAAGGGCUGGCGGCAAGCGGCUGCUUGCACUUGCGUCUCCGGUGGUCAGCCGGGACCUUCCUCACCUGCAGCCCGGAGGCGUUGGCGGCCUCCCCUGAGCUCCGGGCCCCAGAGAUUCCAUGCUAAGCUUGGCUCGGAAGGGUUCCCCGCUUAAGUCGGUGAGAGGUGGCCCAGUGGUUUGCCUGAGCAAGCCUACUGCUGAGCGGGCACUUGCGCGCCGGUCCCCCGCCAGUGCGCCCAGCCCCGGCGGCAGACGCGCCUCCGGCUAGGGGCGCACGUGGAGGCGCCUGGUUCCCUCCAAACUCAGCGAUCCCACUGUAAGACCUGGCCAGAGGAGGCAAGAAGCUGGGUGGGAUGCCUACCUUCUAAAAGGAGUCCAAACUUCCUCGAGAGAGCUCCGGAGGACUCGGAGCAUCCCCUUAACCCGAGGGGGGCAACCAUGGAGUUACCCGCCCCUAUCGUGGCCCUGGCCCUGCUGCUGGCCGCAGCGACCUUUCCUCCGACCUCGGGAAGCCGGCUUCAGCCCCUCAUGCCCAACGUGUGUACUGUGACGGAGCUGACCAUCGUGGGCCACCGGCAGCCUUGUGUCCAGGCCUUCACCCGGAUGGUCAAAGUGUGGAAGCAGGGCUGUGGGCGACAGAUGUGGUGUGUCGGGUAUGAGCGGAGGACUGCUUAUUACACAGACUAUCGGCAGGUAUACAGCAUGGAGUACCAGACCGUCUAUAAGUGCUGCCCAGGAUGGUACCAGCUCGGUAAUGACAGAGGCUGCCUCUACCCUGUCUGCAAUUAUGGAGUCUGUUUCAAUGGAGGGAACUGCGUUGAAGGGUCGGCUCAGCUGUGUCACUGUCCCCCUGGCUUCCAGGGCCCCCGCUGUCAGUACGAUGUGAACGAGUGUGAAACCCAGAACGGGGGUUGUGAGUCUCAGUGUUGUAAUACCAUUGGCAGCUUCUACUGCAAAUGCCCAGACGGCCAGAAGCUACGGGAUGAUGGGAAGGCCUGUGAAGGUACCGACGAGUGCCAGGUUCACAAUGGUGGCUGCCAGCACAGAUGUGUGAAUACUCCAGGCUCUUACUACUGUGAAUGCCAGACUGGCUUCAGGCUCCACACCGAUGGCAGGACCUGUAUUGUACGGAACCCAUGUGCGGACAGGAAUGGAGGCUGCAUGCACAGAUGCCAAGCCCGCCGAGGGGUGGCCCACUGUGAGUGCCACGCUGGAUAUCGACUGGCAGCAGACCACAAGACGUGUGAAGAUGUGAACGAGUGUGCCCUGGGCCUGGCCAUGUGCUCACACGGCUGCCUCAACACGCGCGGCUCCUUCAAGUGUGUCUGCAACCCAGGCUAUGAGCUGGGAUCAGACAGCAGGCAGUGCUACCGCAUCGAGAUGGAGAUCGUGAACAGCUGUGAGGCCAACAACGGCGGCUGCUCACACGGCUGCAGUCACACCAGCUCUGGCCCCCUCUGCACCUGCCAUCAGGGCUAUGAGCUGGACACGGACCAGAAAACUUGCAUUGAUAUUGAUGACUGUGCAAGCAGCCCCUGCUGUGCCCAGGCCUGCACCAACAACCCAGGAGGGUAUGAGUGUGGCUGCUACGCUGGCUACCGACUUAGCACGGAUGGCUGCGGGUGUGACGAUGUCGAUGAGUGUUCCACCAGCAAUGGCGGGUGUGAGCACAUUUGUGAGAAUCUCGUGGGCUCCUUCCAAUGCACCUGUGAAAUCGGUUACAAGCUGGAGGAGGAUCGGCGGAGCUGUACUCCCCUGGAUGACUCAGUGGACUCCUUGGAUGGGCGGCAGCCCUUCGUACGGCCCAUCCCCCACAUCGCCGUGCUGCGUGAUGAGCUGACCCAGCUCUUUGAAGACGAAUACGAGGCGGGGGAUGAGGAGGAGGCGGAGGCCAGAGGAGAGCACACUCUGUCAGAGAAGUUUGUCUGUUUGGAUGACACCUUUGGCCAUGACUGCAGCCUGACGUGUGAUGACUGUAGGAAUGGGGGCACCUGUCACCUUGAGCUAGACGGCUGUGACUGUCCCGAGGGUUGGACAGGUAUCAUCUGCAACCAAACUUGUCCGCAGGGCACCUUUGGGAAGAACUGCAGCUCUACUUGCAGCUGUCAAAAUGGCGGCACCUGUGAUGCGAUGACGGGGACCUGCCGCUGUCCGCCUGGUGUUGGCGGAGCCCACUGCGAGGAUGGUUGCCCCAAAGGCUUCUACGGCAAACACUGUAGGAAGAAGUGCCAAUGUGCCAACCGAGGACGAUGCCAUCGCAUCUAUGGGGCCUGUCUGUGUGAUGCUGGGCUAUAUGGACGCUACUGCCACUUGGCAUGCCCUAAGUGGGCCUACGGGCCGGGCUGCUCCGAGGAAUGUCGCUGUGUCCAGCAGAACACCCGCGAGUGUGACAAGAAGGAUGGCAGCUGCUCGUGCAAAGCGGGCUACCGGGGCGAGAGGUGUGAGCACGAAUGUGACCCCGGCUCCUUCGGCCCUGGCUGUCAGCAGACGUGUGCCUGCCCCCCGGGAGUGGCCUGCAGCCCCCUCAGUGGCGAGUGCCAACGACAGUGCCCAGAAGGCUACCAGGGGGAGACCUGUGACCAAGAAUGUCCCCCAGGAAAAUUUGGCAGUAAUUGUUUUGGGUCCUGUUCCUGUGGAGGGGCCCCCUGUGAUCGGUUCACAGGACAAUGUUUGUGUCCUGCAGGGAAGACUGGAGAUGAGUGCAGCAAAGAUUGUCCCGACGGGCGCUGGGGCCCUGGAUGCCAAGAAAUCUGCCCUGCCUGUGACAAUAGCAUUGGCUGUGACCCCGUGACUGGAGCCUGCUUGUGCCUCCCUGGAUACAUUGGCAGCCACUGCCAGGACCUGUGCCCAGCGGGCUCGUUUGGGCAGGGCUGCCAGCUCCGAUGCUCCUGUGGGAAUGAUGGGCACUGCCAUCCUGUGACUGGACGCUGCAGCUGUGCCCCUGGUUGGACUGGCAUCAACUGUAGACGAGCUUGUGACGUGGGGCGCUGGGGCCCAGACUGCAGACACUUCUGCAACUGUAGCUACAACCACGGGAGCUGUGAUCCAGUGAGGGGGCAGUGCAUCUGUGAGGCCGGUUACACUGGUCUGCGCUGUGACCAGAAGUGUCCGCAAGGCUGGUUUGGGCUGAGCUGCAGCCGACCAUGCCAGUGUGACCACGGAGCAGCGUGUGACCAUGUGAGCGGGGCUUGUACCUGUGGGGCCGGCUGGAGGGGAACCUUCUGUGAGCGGGAAUGCCCUGCUGGCUUUUUUGGCCUGGAAUGUCGGGGUGCUUGCCAGUGUGCCAAUGGGGCCCCCUGUGAUCACGUGAGCGGUGGCUGCCUCUGCCCUGCCGGCUGGAUAGGCCCCAGCUGCAACCAGACCUGCCCAGCUCACACCUAUGGGGACAAUUGUAGCCUGACCUGCAGCUGCUUCCACGGGGCCUCGUGCCACCCAGUCAGUGGGCAGUGCUUGUGUGCCCCCGGCUGGAUGGGGCCCACCUGCCAACAACCUUGUCCGCCGGGCCUAUAUGGAUCAAAUUGUCACCAACAUUGCCUUUGUCGGAAUGGUGGGACCUGUGACCCCAUCUCAGGCCAUUGCUUGUGUCCAGAAGGGUGGGUUGGUCUGGCCUGUGAGCAAGAAUGCCUUCCCGGGAAGUUUGGGGCUGACUGUCAGAGGAGCUGUGACUGCUUGAAUGGGGGCCACUGUGACCGGCGCACAGGGGAGUGCACCUGCUGGGCUGGUUGGACUGGAGACAAGUGUCAGAGCCCCUGUCCAGAGGGCACGUUCGGGCUGCGCUGCGCCCAGCAGUGCGACUGUCGACCUGGCGUGCCAGCCUGCCAUGCUGUCACGGGCACCUGCCUCUGUCCCCCGGGCUGGCGGGGCCAGCGAUGUGAGAAAGCCUGCCUGCCAGGUUGGUUUGGAGAGGCCUGUGCCCAGCGCUGUGCCUGUGCCCCUGGCAUCGCCUGUAACCACAUUACCGGAGAGUGUGGCUGUCCCCUGGGCUUCACCGGCCUCGGCUGUGAGCAAGCCUGUCGGCCCGGGACCUUUGGCGUGAACUGUGGCCAGGUGUGCAAAUGCUCCGGUGAAAACCAGGACUGCCACCCAGCGACAGGGGAGUGCACGUGUGCUGCUGGCUUCUACGGCAGCGGCUGCCGACUCCGGUGCCUCUCUGGGCGCUACGGCCCUAGCUGUGAGCACCCGUGCACGUGUCAGAACGGGGGCUCCUGCGAUGCCCGCACGGGCGCCUGCCGCUGUCCUCCUGGCUACGUUGGUGCCGACUGUGGCUUGGUCUGCCUAGAUGGGAGAUACGGCAUAGACUGUGCCCACGUGUGCGCCUGUGGCGAGGGAGCGACCUGUGACCCUGUGCAUGGCACCUGCAUCUGCCCAGCUGGGAGGACCGGUCCCCACUGUGAACAAGGCUGCCCCAGGGAUCGAUUCGGCUUGGGCUGUGAGCUGGUGUGUCCCUGUAGGAAUGGAGGCCUGUGUCAUCCCAUCAACGGCUCCUGCUCCUGUGGCCUGGGAUGGAUGGGAAAGCACUGUGAGCUAGCCUGCCCACCUGGGAAGUAUGGUGCUGACUGCCGCCUGGAAUGUACCUGUCUCAACAAUGGGACGUGUGAUCGAGUGAUGGGUGCCUGUCAGUGUCCCCCGGGCCAUUUUGGCCAGGCCUGUGAACACACAUGUCCCCCUGGCUUUCACGGGGCUGGCUGCCAAGAGGUUUGUGACUGUCACCAAGGAGCCCUGUGCCACCCGCUCACUGGCCAAUGUCUCUGCCCCGCCGGCUUCCAGGGGCAGUUCUGCGAGAAAGGAUGUGAGCCAGGGAUGUUUGGAGCUGACUGCCGCCAGGCUUGUGACUGUGAGGGGGAUGUGCCGUGUGACUCAGUCACCGGCCAGUGCCUGUGCCCACCAGGGAGGAUGGGAGCCAAGUGUGACCUGGAAUGCAGGGGAAAUCGCUUCGGCCCUGGCUGCACCCUGAGCUGUGGCUGUGAGGGGAGUUCUCACUGUAACGCCCUCAACGGCCAGUGUGUCUGCAUGGGAGGCUACAUUGGGCCCACGUGUCGAGAAGGCGGCCCUCUGCAGCUCCCAGCCAGCAAGUCCCAAGUCUUGGACCCAGUGGCUUCACGUCCUUCAUCCUACAGAUCACCUCCCAGGUUCAGCCCACAGCCAGCAAAACAUUAGCCCCCAACCUCUGUCUUCCAUUCCCACCCACCCUCCCUUCCCUGGCCCUGCCCAUCCUUCCAGUGUUACUGUAUGUAAGUGACGAAAAAUCCUCGGGAAACCACCGGUCGACUGGUUCCGUCUUAGCCAUCAUUCAUUUUUUUGAACCAGCGUUCUCUCUGAUGCUGCUGGUGAGGCCACGGUGACUACAAUGCUAUGUAACUCACCACUCCUGGGAUCUCAAUUCCCCUCCAAAAGGCCUGAGGAUGACUGACAGCUUCUUGGGCUCAGGCCAAGGGGAGAUGGCUGCAGUAAGGUCCAUCUUAAGCUCCCAGUGUUGGGCUGGUGGACUGGACGGGACAAUCCCAAAGGCACUGACUCAACCAGGGACAACUGUGUUCUAAGGAACACCCAUCAGUUCCCACCAGCCACAGCCCAUAAAGGGUACUCCAGGAUGCUCAGAGAACAAGGAGACGGCCUCUGGGCUUGGCAUGUUUGUUUCUAACUCUUCCCUGCAAUCUACCAGCAGGCUUCAUCUGGUGCUAACCAAUGGACUGAUGGCUACUCAACAGCUCCAGCCUGUCCUGUUCUGGGGGCGGUUCCUUGUUUACCUGGAAAUAUAGUCCAAUAUGUAUUUAUGUAAAGGUAUUUAUGGGCAGCUGUACAAAGUCAGGUUCUGGGGAGGGGGCAGCCUGGUGCUCCAGAGAGGCACUGGAAGGGGUGUGUUCAGCCCCAGACGGUGGCCUCUUUGCUCCUCCUCUGUGCUAUAAAGGCAUUGUCGUCCCCCCUACCCCAACUCCAUCCUGGGGAGGGGGACUGAGUGUUCUGUUUUCAGCUGAGUGGGCACAACCGUGUCCUCCCUUUAUAUAUCAACCAGCCAGCCAAUGUGUACUGUAAGGGUUCCAUGGCAAAGGGGGCCCGGCACUGUGUAAAACUCAUUAAGUUAAAAGAAUGAAACUUUCUGGUUUGUUCA